AACUAGUUACAUUUUCUAAUAAAAGUUUUCAAGUGUUGAAUAGUGAAAAUGAAGGAUUUGGAUCUUACCCUAGACUAUAUGGAAAAUGCGCGCUUCAACUAUAUUUUUGGGCCAAUCAUCACUCGUCUUGAAUCGCCAUUUACGAACACCGAGCUGCUUUGUCUCUCGAUGAUCUAUCAUAAGUUUGCCCUGGAGAAUGGGCCACGGUCCAAGUUUAUCACGCGAGUGCAACUGGGGAAUAUAUUGGAGCUGUUCUUUCAUGUUUCGGAUCGUGAUAUUAAUGUGAGCAUUGUGCAACGCAUUAGCCAGGAUCCGGAAUGUGUGGAUCCAAAGUUCUCCUCAGAUCGUCAUUGCAGUCUGCCCAGUUUCAUUCGCUUGUUUGCCAUUUAUUUCUCAAAAGAUCUUGAGAAACGCAUGCAUUUUGUAUUCAGCAUUUAUGAUACCACAGAUCGAGGCUACUUGGAUCGCGAGCAAGUUGUUCGAUUUGUGAGCAAGUUUUUCGACGGCGACGACGAGGAUGAAUUACACGAGCUGCGUGGCGAUAUGGUUGAAAUGAUAUUUUCGAAAUUCGAUCUCGAUAAGGAUCUGUUUAUUUCGAUAGAAGAAUAUUCCGAUUGCGUGCGCAAGCAGCCCAUGAUGAUGGAGUUUCUGGGCAAAGUGUUCCCCUCCAAUUCCCAACUGGAAGCUGUUCGCCAUUGUGUGAAUAUUUUAAGCUGAGCCAUUUCGAAAAAGCAGUCAAGUUCUACUUUAUCUACAUAUCUAGCGAAUAUAGAACUCGAAUACUCUUUCGUAUUUGU